UUCACUGUCACUAUUUUAUGUUUUCAUUUGUGAAAAAUUUCAUCAGCGUCACAAAAAUUAUUUUCAAUGAAAAUCGAUUUAAAAUUAAUUAAUUAAAUUAAAUUAAAGAAAUCAUGAGUUUUGGCAAUAUUUCCAGAGAACAACGGUUCCGCUGCAUACAAUGGAUCUGGAAUUAAGCUCGGAAGCACUCAUUGGCUCACUGUUCGCUUUGGCAGCAUUAUUUGCAUUCUGCAGAAGUCUCCUGAUCGAAGACGUAAUAUGUAUUCCAAGAAAAUCUCGUCAUAGUUGGAAAUCAAUUAGAAUAUUAGACAGAUCAUGUUUUUGUAGUAUAUGCGAGAUUCUAUUGCAACCAUCAACUGGACACUUUUGUGAUUGUUGUGGAAUAUUUGCAGAUGCAACAUGCACCAAAAAAGCUGACAAUGAAUUUAAAUGCAAAGAAAAAUGGCUUAAAAAUGAAAAAUCGAUGAAACACUUGUGGGUCAGAGGUAAUCUGCCGCUUAAUUGCGAAUGUGAUGCUUGCAAAGAUGGCAUUGAUUACCAGGCCGAAGCAGGAUUGUUUGGUUAUCGAUGUUGUUGGUGCCAGAGGGCUUAUCAUAAUAAUUGCUUCAAACGGGUUGAUAUGAAGGGAGAAUGUGAUCUUGGUGAAUUUAAAGAUUUGAUAUUCCCUUCCUAUUGCAUUGAGGCAGCUCGAACUAGGGAAUCAGUUCGAUUGCAUUUAACGGGUAUUAAACCGCCAGAAAUUGAAAAUUGGGCUCCUUUGAUUGUGAUUGCCAAUACAAAGUCUGGAAGUAGUACAGGUUCGGAUGUAGUUUCAUUGUUAAAGGGAUAUCUGCACCCGUUGCAAGUGAUGCAGUUGGGUAGUCGUGGACCACAAGAUGCUUUGCAGUGGGCGGCUAAGGCUAGUCCUAGGCCGUGCCGAAUAUUAGUAUGUGGCGGAGAUGGAACUGUUGGUUGGGUUCUCAACACCAUAUACAUGUUGAAUAUUAAGCCAAUUCCUUCAAUUGCAAUACUGCCUCUUGGAACUGGCAAUGAUUUGUCGCGAGUUUUAGGAUGGGGAGCCCAGCCACCAUCUGAACUUGAUCCUAGAAAAAUUCUCAGAGAUAUUCAAAGUGCCAAAUCUAUAAUAAUGGAUCGUUUUGAUUUAAGAAUUGAAUCUUUUGGAUAUCGUUUGCCAAUAAAACGUGCGCCAGUAAAAACUGUUUAUGUCUACAAUUACUUUAGUAUUGGAGUAGAUGCACUUGUAACAUUAGGCUUCCACGAAACUCGUGAAUCUCGUUUUUACGUCCUAAGUAGUCGUAUAUUUAAUAAAUUUAUUUACUUUGGUUAUGGAACUCAACAAAUAAUUCAACGUGAUUGUGAAAGAAUUGAACAAAAACUCGACCUUUAUUUGGAUAAUAAAUUAAUCGAUUUGCCAGAAUUACAAUCAAUUGUCUUCCUUAAUAUUGAUUCAUGGGGAGCUGGUUGUAAACUUUGUGAAAUAAGCAACUCAGAUUCUAAAGUAAAAAUAAUCAAUUCCGUCUCGGAUGGUGUUAUGGAAGUGUUUGGCAUAGUUUCCUCAUUUCACAUGGCUCAACUUCAAUGUAAAAUCAGCAAACCAGUUCGAAUAGGUCAAGCCAAACAGAUCAAAAUUCACUUAAAAGAUGUAGUUCCCAUGCAAGCAGAUGGUGAACCAUGGAGACAGGGACCUUGUGAUAUUUUACUUCAAUCGAAAAGUCAAGUUCGAAUGUUAAAGUUUGAUGGAACGCAAACAAACAAUUGACUUUCAGUUUGUGUUUUUAGUUUAAAUUUAAAUUUUUAAACAUGUUUGUUAUAGUCCGUCAGUUGAGGUUUGAUUUGCUACUUUAAGUCACAAGAAAUCAGAUUUUUAGAAAACAGAUUUUUUGGUGAGCAAGCAUAAUAAUCUCGUCAUCUGUGAAAUUAACAAACGAACAUUUAUGAGAUUUAAGAAAUUCUAACCGGCAAAUCUGUUAUCGUUUCUAUAUGUCCUCUGGGUAGGUACUUAUUUUUAAUUUCUGUUUUAUUUAAAUUAUUGACUUAGUUUUAAUAUUAAUAUUUUAUUUCAUUGACUUAAUGUAUUUAUUUCAUACCAGUUUUAAGGAAAAAAAAAUGGCUUUACGCUCUUGUUAUUAACAUGCAAUAUAAAUAGGUAUCUGUUUUUUUAUCAAACUUUUUGGAUAAUCUCAAGGUUUUUUUUUUAUUUUGGUUACAUAUUGAGAAAAUGUUAUUAUCGUACAAUGCGUGGGCAUUGAAUACAUUGUUUUAUGUAAUAUGUAAUUUUUAUUGUGUACUGUUAA